AGUCUCAACCCACUCAUUCAAACUCUCAUACGCCCCACCAAUUCUUCAUCACCAUCUUCACAUCUAUAAAUACUCCCUCCUUCGCUCAUUUCUCUUACAACCACCACCCAUAGCCUCCUAACACUUUCAUUUACUUCCCUUCCAGACCCUUCAGAUCAUAACAUGGCAACCCAGACCAUUGAGAGCCACCGCGAGGGUGCCGAGGUCCACCAUGGCGAUGACCUCUGCAAGAAGCAGUCCAUCCAGCUCCUUGGAGAGCUUGGUCUCCCCAGAGGCUUGUUCCCCCUCGAGAACAUCGAGGAGUUUGGCUACAACCGUGCGGCUGGAUUCAUGUGGCUGAUCCAGAAGAAGAAGAAGGAGCACACGUUCAAGAAGAUCAAGCAAACUGUGUCAUAUGCCACCGAGGUGACAGCCUUCGUGGAGCAACGUAAGCUAAAGAAAAUAAUGGGGGUGAAGACGAAGGAGCUGCUGCUGUGGCUGUCUGUUGUUGAGGUGUACAUUGAUGAUCCAACAACGGAGAAGAUCACUUUCAAGACUGGCACCGGGCUGUCCGACAGUUUCCCGGUGUCAGCUUUCGAACUUGAGUAGUUUGAGUUCGUGGAAAGACUAGAUCUUUGGUUUUCUAUCGUCUUUGAGCCGGAACAUGCAAAUGAGAAGUUCUGAAUGUUUAAACAUAUUGCUAAAAUAUUUUUAUUUUUUUCUAUUUUAGUUUUGUCUUAAACAAUGCUGCUGUAUCAAAUAAAAGUUGCAAUUAAUGGUCUAUUCUAAUUUAUGUUUUGCUAAA